UUCCUGCAGCCUCGGCCCUCCUGCCGUAAAAAAAAGAAGGAAGAUGAGAAGCAGCCGCGGUAGGGCGCCGACACCGAGCCGAACCGGAACCGAAUCCCGAUCCGAACCCCCAGUCUGAGUCCAGAGGAACCAUGGCCGAGUUGCGGCCGCUGACAGACCGGAGCUCGGCUGCUGUUCCCCGGCCCUGAACCCGCCCCGGAGCCGCUGGAGACCCGGAGCCUGGAUAAGCUGCAGGGCCGAACCGAACCGAGCCGAGCCGAGCCGUCCUCUCCCGCCCUGAUGCUCAGCUGUCUGCAGAACUGAAGACUGCAACGUCCCUGAAACAAGAGCCGACCCCCCCUCCCCCUCAGGCUGCAGCAUGGAGCGCUCCGGCAGCGUUCAGCUGGACAUCCCGGACUUCAGUAACUCGGUCCUGUCUCACCUGAACCAGCUGCGCGUCCAGGGCCGUCUCUGCGACAUCGUGGUGAACGUGCAGGGCCAGAGCUUCCGGGCGCACAAGGUGGUUCUCGCCGCCAGCUCGCCGUACUUCCGCGACCACAUGUCUCUGGGCCAGAUGAGCACGGUGUCGCUGACGGUGAUCCGGAACCCGACGGUGUUCGAGCAGCUGCUGAGCUUCUGCUACACCGGGCGCCUCUGCCUGCAGCUGGCCGACAUCAUCAGCUACCUGACGGCCGCCAGCUUCCUGCAGAUGCAGCACAUCAUUGACCGCUGCACGCAGAUCCUGGAGGGGAUCCACCUGAAGAUCAGCCUGGCCGACCUGGACGAGGGGGAGGAGGAUCGGGGGGGGCGGGGCGGCAGGACGCUUGAGGCCGCGGUGCGAGCUGGAGCUCAUCAUGCCGGGCUGCGACUGAUCAGCACCCGGGGGGGAGCCGAGUGCGAAGCCAUCAGCCCCGCCGACGAGCCGCUCAGCCCCCCACCACCGGUGGAGCACAGCGGGCUGGAGGGGGGGGCCACCACCGCCGGACGCAAAGAACCCAUCCUCCGCAUCAACCGGGCCGGGCAGUGGUACGUGGAGACCAGCAGCGAGCCGGAGAGAACCGGCAGCUCGGAGGAGGGUGGCGGCACCGAGCGGGUUCGGAUAAAGACAGAGAGGAUGGAGGAGUGGAUCGGAGCGGGGGGGCACCAGGAGGAAGGGGAGCCGCUGGGGGAGGAAACCACCGUCAUGAUCGACACUUCGGGGCGCAGUACGCUGGUGACCGGGUCGGGAGGGCGGGGGGCGACCGGCAGCGCACAGCCAUCCUCCAGCUUCAGCGAGACGGAAAGGUUCAGUCCCACGGGCAGUGUGGUGGUCAUCGCCGAGCGUCAGAGAGCGAAGAGUGAGUCUCCCAGCCGAGCGGACGACCUGCGACAGCCUCAGGGCGAGGAGCAAGCCUCCUUCGAUAUGGGCGGCUACGAGGAUUACCUGAGGGAGCAAGUGGGCGACCGCUGGUUCCGCUACAACCCGCGGCUCACCUGCAUCUACUGCUGCAAGUCCUUCAACCAGAAGGGCAGCCUGGACCGCCACAUGCGGCUGCACAUGGGCAUCACGCCCUUCGUGUGUCGCAUCUGCGGGAAGAAGUACACCCGCAAGGACCAGCUGGAGUACCACAUCCGCAAGCACACGGGCAACAAGCCCUUCCACUGCCACGUCUGCGGCAAGAGCUUCCCCUUCCAGGCCAUCCUCAACCAGCACUUCCGCAAGAACCACCCGGGCUGUGCUCCCCAGGAGGCCCAGAGCGCAUCGCCCGAGACCACCACCACCUCCGUCACCUCCAGGGGGGGGCCCAGCGACGAGGCCUCGCCCAGCCAGGAGGAAGGUGAGGGCGGUGGGACGUACGGAGAGGGACCCCAAGCCUCCGUCUCCACCACGGGGCCCGACUGACCCCGACAGAACUGUCUCCGCUUUAAACCACAUCUACCUUCACAAAGCAACCCAACAGAUGAAGCUCAACGAAGAAACGCCACACACUCCAACAACCUCAGUCGCCACGCCACGUGGGUCUUUACGUUACAGAUUUCUACUUUUAUAUUUACAGUUUCAGGCUCAACAGACAAACUGCUCAGUGCCAGUCCAACACUAAAACCUUCAUAUCUGCCUCGAGACAAUCCAGAGCGGCGCGGGUAAUGUUAAUAUUUAUAGAAGUAAUCCUGCGCGCUCUCUAAAGUCCCACACCGGCAAAAAAACAUUUAGAUGCACAAAAGGUCUGACUGUUAAAGCUCCUGUGUGAUCAGAGUUUCCUUUCUCAUGAAGCUGAGUGGAGAUCUCAGUGCUCUCCAUUAGUUUGUAUUAUCGAUCCUUUGAAUGAUCGAUCUAGGAGAGUAACUUCAAGGAGACACCUUCAAACAUCUUUUUCUGUCCGAGCCAAGAGUUUAAGUUUCCUGUAAGAAGGUAAAGAACUUCAGUCAGGAAAACCAGAAGGGCCGAGCUUUCCAGGGUUUCCCAUGGUCUUCUUUAGUGAAGCAGACCUGCUCAGCUGUCAUCAGGUAAUCCAAGUAAAGGACUUUAACCCUCAUUUAUUAAAGUCCAACGUUACCUCUCAGCCUGUUUAACACUGAGAGCCAAGAAGGUCAUGGGAGUAAAACUCCAGGAACUUAAAUAUUAUCAUAUCUCAGCAACAAACUCAGAAAUAAAAGCAAAGUAGAGAACUCUGAUCACAUGGGAUUACCUAAUUUGGCUGUAAAAUACACCAUUCAGAUUUAUUGAUGGAUAGUUAGGGCUGUACCGAGCACAACACACAUUAACAUGUUGUUCUCCAAACAAAAUAGAGUAUGUAGUGAAGGAGUUAUGGCUUUUUUAUCAGAACCAGGAGGAAUUACAUUUGGUGUUCCGCAGGGAUCCAUCUUAGAGCUCUUUAUCUCACGUAUGUAAAUGAUACAUGUAUCUGCAGGUUGAUUGUGGGCUCCUUCUGGAUCCGGAUAACUCAGCUUGCAUUUUUUGAAAAAAGGUCCAUUUUUAUCAAUAAUAGAAUAAAAUAUAGAUGAUUUUGAAGAUAUUGGGAUCAGAUUGGGUCCAGGAGAAAUCACAUCGGGUGUUCCCCAGGGAUCAACUUUAGGACCCCUACUGAUUCUCUCAUAUAUGUCAGUUAUGAUAAAUCUGGAGUUGAUUGGAAGCUCUUUCUGUAUGCUGACGAUUCAGUUGCAUACUUUACUUUUCAUUUUCUCCGGUUUGCAUUUACUCAAAAAGAUAGAUGCAAUUAAUUCCAAAAUUCACAAAAGAUUUGAUCCAACCGAAUAUUAUGCAUCAAAUCCAUGUCUGCAAUGCUUAAGCUUUCCCCCCUCGCUGUUAGCUAGCUAUCUAACAGCGCCAUACAUACAUUUAUAGGACCCCAGUAUUCAAACCACAGUGACAGACUGUAAACACUAAGGCUCGGUACAGCCCUACGGAAGCCUCAGAGUUUGUGAGGCUCUGGUUCACCUGGCAGCCUGUUGACGAAGAUAAGCUACACCGCUCAGUUACCUCUCAUCACGACGCAAUACAGCUGCUGCCCCGCACAGCACCACCGGGGGGCGCUCUCACCACAGGGCCCCCGCAGACUUCUCAGAUAUUUUUAUAAACAAGCAUGACUCCUUUCUGUUGUUUUUCUUGGACACUUUUUUUGCUCUGACAAUGUGUGUACCGGACGAGGAGGCCGAGUCACGACCCGACCAGGGAACUCCCUGUUUGGGACGCGUUCAAUCUGCUGCACAUCCGCGAGGGAAACAGCGCGUAAGCUAUGGGGUCCGAAAGAUCGCAAUACCGCGUGUCGUAAAACAAUAUCGAUUUAGAUUUCAGGAGUUUCUCGGAUAGCGGAUUCUAUUUGUGGUAGAACAUGUUACAUUUACGACGUGACACCGAAAAGGACACCGUAGUGUAAGGGCGCAACCGUGAACCGUGAACCAGGGUGUUCUGCAUACGCCGAUGUAUUCUGUAUACUCGGAUAGUUAGGAGAAUACGUUAACACGUUCCUUUCCGAUCUGCUAUUAGCUAUUGCUUUCCUCAGCUCAGUGAUUCUCGUUGAUUGAAAUAUUUGCUUUAGGCUCAAAAUGGUGCAACUUGUCGCCACGAUCAGACUACAGGUCUUUUCUUAACGCCAGCUGUUGAUUGUUAGUGCUUGAUUUUCCAUCGUGAUGAUUGUCCGCACGACAUCCACAUCGGCCGGUUCCUAACUACACAACUUUUGAAAUAGCUUAGAAUUACAACCUGAAAUGUAUCUACACCUGCCCGCCCUGAUACCGAUGUCCCCAGCGUCCUCUUUGGGGCUUCAUGCGCAGUUUGAUGUGCUGAAGAACGGAGGCAGGUCGACGUUUCAAAUGCAGUUUGAUAUCAUAAACGAAAUGCAAAUCAACAUAACUAAAAACAGCUGGACCUCAGAACCUUCCGAACCUAUAACCAGCGGACGGUCCCGUGCAGCAGAGGUGAUGCGUCCCGGGGUCGGGUCAGUGACCUGGGGGGGGGGGGGGGACAGGAUGGAUGUAUUUUCCGGACCACGGAGCCGAACUGAAACCCUCCACAGGUCCCAGAUCAGGGACAGGAGGGCGGCGGGUCCGGACACCAAAGGAAAGAGGACGAGGAACUUCAGCACUUAUCAGAGAGGGAGGAUCAAACGUUUUAUAAGAACAGUAUAGAUCACAUAUUAUCAGACUAUUUAAACUACGAUGUUCAUUUGUUUUUGCAUAAUGUAAGUCAGCUGGUAGCACGUGGAGCGGCGGUUUCGGUUUUUCUACAGCGCCGUGAGUCUGACGUUUUUAUGCAAGAAGCCAGCGGCUGUGACUCUUCAGGCUAACACAGGAACCUUCAGGUAUUCAGACUCUGUCCGUCAGCCGGACGUUAACUCCCGUAGCAGGGCGCUAAAGGCUACACCUCAGAAACCUGUCAGAAACCGGGGGGGAGGGGGGGGGGGGAGGAGUCCUGCGAGUCAAAACCCAGGGCUGGGCAACAUAGAACAACUGUUUCCAAUGCACCAACCACACAACCUCUGUCCAAUGCACCAUGGCAACCGAAAAUACUGCUCUCUGAUUGGCUGACAGGCAUUCGUUAAACUCCUGUUAGCUUACAUGCACACUGAUCUUUAUACUGAGUAAUGUCAUGAAUCUGAUACGGGUCAUGCAAACAGCAUAUUCAUGUAUUGUUCCCUGUUCUGAAUGCAGUAUUCUCAGAGGAAGGUUUAUUAUUCAGGUUUCAGGAGAAUGAUGUACAUGUUUGCAGCACGUUCACAGUAAGAGGCUCAGUGUGUGUUCUCCUGCAGAGCCGUAGGAAAGAUUUAGAAACUUGUGAAGCGUAUUGUAGGAACUGUGGCUUUGUGUUGCUGAUCGUUAGCUGAUGAAGUGAAAUGGUGCAUCAGGAUGAACAAAGAACUCAAAGAAAACCUUCUCACAAGCUAAAACGUGCCAUGUUGCCCAGCUCUGACAGGAACAGAAAGUCCUGCAGGAACAAACAGACUGAACUCAUUCAGAGGAACAGAAACAGAGUCUGAAAAUAACUCGACAAGUCUGACCGAGUCCACGCGUGCACAGGCUUCUCUUUCUGAGUUCUGGCCUCUUAUGCUCAUGCAGACGCUGUUUUAAGUCACUUAACAACCUCUUUAAGUCUCCCUUUAUCUCCCCUGCCAACAGGACCUUUCAGAUGUUUACACAUUAAUGUUCUGAAUCUUCAUCAACAACUCUCCCACCUCACAGACUUCCUCUGACAGCAGUUUUACGGCUUCUUUACAAACCAAACGAAGGUUAAAAACCCCUGAGUCUGUGUGGACCAGGCCUUUAUAUCGCUGCUGAUCAACAUACUUGGGGUUGAAUUUGGUCAGCAGUGAUAUUUGACAGACUGAAUACUUCUGUCCUCUCUGCUCAUCAUUUUUAUAACUCAGUUAAAUUCACAAAUCGCUGCUUCCAGAUCAGAUGCUGGACUCAAGUCCAGUACCGCCCGGAGGAACCUGGAGGAGGAAAACUCGGAUCAGAGUAAUAACGACAAUAGGAGGUAGAAUAAAAGACGUGCGGGGUGAGGGUGUAGUAUCAGAACAGUCUGCAAAGUGGAUUAAACGUACAUUUCUAAAAGAAAGUGAUUUCAUUUGAUUGAUUUUAGAUAUUUAGUUCUCUAUAAUUUAUACACAGUCUUGGUGUGUUUAAAUUACUCGCAGCAUAAUCAAGUAUAGAUUUCUCUUCAAAUGAUCGAUAGACAUCCAAACUUCAGGCAGUAAGUAAAACGCUUGUGUCUGAACUGAUAUUUUGAGCACCAAAUAUAAAAUGUGAAUAACGUGUCUGAUGACUUUGUGAAGUUUCGAAUCAACACUGAAGCUUAAAGUGAAAGUUUGAAACUCACAGUCCGACUCUUCCUCCUCCUCCUGGGUUCUUCGUCUCAGUUAAACUGUGAAAACAGCUCAACCUCAUCUUCAUCGGUUUACUUCACCACAAACGCCAAACGUUGCUUUCACGUCUCCUCAGCUCCUGGCUUGUUAUUAUUUUGAUCAGAUGUUUUACGAUAUGAUAUCCAGUUUGACCACAACAUGCCUAAUUACAAAUCAUUUAGCUAUAUUCACUUAAUGAGAUUACUCUUUACCGUUGAUUCCUCAAAGUAUAUCCUAAUAUAUCGAUGCAGAAGAAGAGUCACAAAGAAACGUUUAGUAAAUUAACUUUUAAUACUGUACAUGUUAUUUUAAAGAGGAGGUACUUAACACGUGUUGUAGGAACCGGAAAGGUUUUAUGUGAAAAUCCUUUAUGUUGCAUGUCUCUGUUGGUGGAGGGA